CUCGCCUUUACCACGCAUUCGUGUGAGAAUUGGCACUGCUCUCGUCGUGUCUGUGCGUAUGUAGUACAACGGAAAAAAAGGGAAAAACGCAAUGGCCCUUAAUGCGAAGAGUCAAUGAGCCCCCAUUAUACACAACCCUCGCCAGCCCUGUUCCUGCAUUCACCUUGAGCUCCCUGGGGCCAAUGCCCUACUACAUCCCCUCUCCAACCGCUGGAGAAGGAAUGGUCAAUGUAUGCCUAUGCUAUGCCUAUGCGCUCCCCCUCCCCUUCAAUGUUUUGGCCGCUUAUUGGUCCAAACGAAUGCCUUGAGAAUGCGGCGCAGUGUGCUGUUGGUUUUUCAUAUGCAA